UUCUGGUUUUAAUCUCGGCCAGUACGAAAUCCAUGCUGUUUUAUCCGUGAAGAUUAACGAGAAACAAAAACUGUUUCUGGUGAAUUUGGUAAUUGUUGGAAUUCAAAGAAAGAUGAAUGUUAACCAGACUGAGGUACUCAAAUCAACUAGAUGGAGAACAAACCUGGAGAAAGUUAACAUAACCAAGAGGACUAAACAGUCCAAAACGAAUGCGGUUACUUUGAACUCCAUCCAAAUAAAACAGGAACCAAGAGACUUUGAGCAGAAGGAAAUUGGGGACGGUGACCGUUCCAAACUUUCCUUGCUGAAGAAGCAUGUCAAGCAACAACAAACUAUAUCCAACCAACCGACCAUGUGUAGUCAGAUAUCAUGGAGUCCUCUAGUGCUGUUAACAAGAUUGUCUAAGGUGGUGGUUAAGACUCUUCUGAGCGAUACUAAAGUGUGUUUGGUGAAGGAAGAAACAGAUGCCAGGAGGGAUGAAGACAACAGUGGAGAAUUCAAAUGAAGAAGCACUCCAGUCAACAAGAUGAAGAACAAACCUGGGAAAAAGCAACACAACAAAACCAAGAGGACUAAACACCAUCGAGACCCCAUCAAAACAGAGUGUGGAACACAGUCAGAUGAUGUUUACUGCAAUAGAGAAGAACCAGACAUUAGCCAAUCACCCUACAUUACUAAAGGGGUUUGUAUCAGCUCCAUCCAAAUCAAAGAGGAACCAACAGACUUUGAACAGCAGGGAAUGGGAGAGGAACCAAACCGUUCUGUUCCUUCCUUCCAGAAGAAGCACAUCAAACAUCAAAAUACAUCCAAUCCAAUGARCGGAUGUAGCAAGAUAUCAUMGAGUCCUGUGGUGACYCUAACAAGAUUGUCUAAUGUAGUGGUUAAGACACUUCUGCGAGACACUAAYGUGUGUUUGGUGAAGGAGGAAAACUCAGACGAGACAGAUGGAGUCUCUUCUCCUCAAUUUUUUUCUUGUCCACACUGCACCAUCUCCUUCACUGACUGUUACUUCCUGGAGAACCACAUGAAGACCAAACACCAGAAGCAGUACGUGGCCAUGCUGAAAAGCCAUGUCUCAACAAGUAAAACCGUGUAUGCCCCCACACACAGCUGUCCCCACUGUAGCUGCAUGUUCCAUACCCCACGACAGCUACACGUCCACAUCUGUCAGGCCCACCCCUCUCCCUCUCUAAGGAAACUCCACCCCUGCCCCUAUUGUGACCGCAGCUUCCAGUACAUAGCCAGACUGCAUACUCACUGCAAGGUUUGGCACAAAAUGGCUGUUACUUUCAUCGAUGGAUACCUCAGUUGCGCUGACUGUGGAAAGAGCUUCAAGAAUUGCUGGGGACUGGGACCUCACCAGUGUUACAAACCUGAGGACACUAAGCCUGAGGAUGGCCCUGUCUGUGUGAACAUCGGCAUGCCAUGCUCAGAGUGUGGCAAAAGCUGCUCUAGUCCUCAGAAUCUGCGCAUUCACAUGCGCACACACKCCGGCGAGAAGCCCUACGUCUGCAAGGAGUGUGGCAAGAGCUUCUCAGAAGCCAGCAGUCAUUGCAAACACAUGAUGAUACACUCAGGGGUCAAGCCAUUCAAAUGCCAAGACUGCGGAAAGGAUUUUGCCCGGAUGUGGCACCUCCGAGUUCACAUGACCGUUCACUCUGGCGAGAAGCCUUUAUCCUGCCCCAAAUGUGACAGGCGGUUUGCAUACAGUUAUUCUUUGAAGCUUCACCUGCGCACACACUCAGGGGAGAGACCUUUCAAAUGUACUGUGUGUGGUAAAGACUUUGCGGACAAAGGUUAUCUGAAGACGCAUCUGAAGAUCCACAACAAUGAAAGGAACUACCAUUGUGGGGUUUGUGGGCUGAAGUUCAUAAACAGUGCUGCGUUGAAAACCCACCAGCGCACACACACUGGGGAGAGGCCUUUCCAUUGCACAGUGUGUGACAAGACAUUUUUCCGACAUGAACACCUGAAGAACCACCAGCGCACUCACACAGGUGAGAGACCAUACGUCUGUUCUGAGUGCAGCAAGAGCUUUGCUCAAUCUGGAGAUCUCACAAAACACAUACGCACCCACACUGGAGAGAAGCCGUAUGAAUGUUCUGUCUGCCACGGCUGCUAUACCUCUUCAGGGGAURUGGGCAAACACAUGAGGAUCCACAAUAACUCACGGCCAUAUCACUGCCAGGAGUGUGACAAAAGCUUCCGCAUGGUCGGUCACCUUAAAACUCACAUGAGGACCCACACUGGGGAGAGACCGUACUCCUGCCACCGCUGCCAUCGUACUUUUGCUCGCGCCCACCACCUCUCUGGUCACCUGCCUAGAUGUUUUGCAACUAUAGGGGCAACAUCAGCGGGCGUGGAGAGCAGAUUCUCUCGUCUGAAGAGGCUGAAAAGCUACACAAGGAACACCAUGGGACAAGAGCGACUCAAGAACCUGGCAAUCCUAUCCAUAGAAAGGAGGAUUCUUAAAUCAUUGCAGAAGAAUCCUCACUGGUAUGAGAGGGUCAUUGACCAGUUUGCCAACCAGACUAUGAGAAGAAUGGACUUUAUAUUCAAGUGUGAAGGUGUUGACCUUAGCAGAGACACACUAGUCAACAAGAUGAAGAACAAAUCUGUGAAAAAGCAACACAAAAUCAAGAGGUCUAAACACCAUCGAGACCCAAUCAAAACAGAGUGUGAAACACAGUCAGAUGAUGUUAACUGCAAAAGAGAAGAACCAGACAUUAGCCAAUCUCCCUCUCCCAACACUAAAGGGGUUACUUCCAACUCCAUCCAAAUUAAAGAGGAACCAGCUGACUUUGAAGUACAGAGUCAUUGCUUCGAUUCUAGAGCACUCCACAAGGAUUCUGGAACCGUCAUAACCAAGACUGAAACAGAUUCUGUUUACAUUAGCCAAGGAACAGUAGAGAUAAAAGCGGAGUAUGAUUCUGAUUCUGAAAUACACAAGGUGGUGGUUAAGAGAGAAACUCAAGUGUGUUUCAUGAAGGAGGAGAAUGUGGGUGAAGAAGACACAGAUGAGGACCCRGAAGACGGGAGGGAUACUGACAGCAACAGAGUCUCUUCUCCUCAGUUCUUUCCUUGCACAUACUGCACCAUCUCCUUCACCGACCAUUCCUUCCUGGAGAAGCACAUCAAGUGGAACCACCAGAAGGAGUAUCUGGCCAUGUUGAGAAACAGUUUUACAAAGAGCAGUGGAACAGAGACGGUCCCAACACACAGCUGCCUCCACUGUAGCCUCAUGUUCCAAACCCCACGGCUGCUUAGCAUCCACACCCGCCAGAUCCACCCUUCAGCCACUCCCCGGAAACCUGCCCGUCCCCACAGGGUUUCGGUGAAACUCUACACCUGCCCACAGUGUGCCCGCAGAUUCAGAUACCUGGGCAGUCUGCAAAACCACUGUGAGCUUUCACACAAAAUGGCUGUGAUCAGCACCAAUGGACACCUCAGUUGUGCCGAUUGUGGGAAGAGCUUCAAGAAUUGUUGGGGACUGGGACCUCACCWGUGUCACYAACCAGAGGGCACWGAACCUCAGGACAUUAAGCCUGUGGUCUGUCUMGAWGUCGGCUUCCAUUGCUCAGAGUGUGGCAAGAUCCUCUGUAGUCCUCAGAGCCUGAACAUUCACAUGCGAAUUCACACCGGAGAGAAGCCUUAUGCCUGCAAGGAGUGUGGCAAAAGAUUUGCUGAGAGCGGCAGUUUACGCAAACACCUGCUGAUACACUCUGGAGUCAAGGCAUUCAAAUGCCAGGAAUGCGGGAAGGAUUUUGCCCGUAUGAAGGGUCUCAGGAGUCARAUGACCACUCAUUCUGGCAAAAAGCAGUACUCCUGCUCCCACUGUGACCGGCAGUUUGGAUACAAGUCUAGUCUGACCAUUCACCUACGCUCUCACACYGGGGAGAAACCCUUUCACUGCACAGAGUGUGGUAAAGACUUCUCUAUCAAGAGAAACCUGAGGCUUCACCUAAAGAUCCACAACAAUGAGAAAGGCCACCAGUGUGGGGAGUGCGGCCUGAAGGUGAUAGACAUUGGGGCGUUGAAGACACACAUGCGCUCACACACCGGRGAGAGGCCUUACCACUGCACAGUGUGCAGCAAGCAGUUCAUUCGACUGGAACACCUGAAGAACCACCAACGCACUCACACAGGUGAGAGACCAUACGUCUGUUCUGAGUGCAGCAAGAGCUUUGCUCAAUCUGGAGAUCUCACAAAACACAUACGCACCCACACUGGAGAGAAGCCGUAUGAAUGUUCUGUCUGCCACGGCUGCUAUACCUCUUCAGGGGAUCUGGGCAAACACAUGAGGAUCCACAAUGGCUCACGGCCCUUUCCCUGCCAGCAGUGUGACAAGAGCUUCCGCUUGGUCGGCCACCUUAAAACUCACAUGAGGACCCACACUGGGGAGAGACCGUACUCCUGCCCUCGCUGCCUCCGGACCUUCGCUCGCACCCACCACCUCUCUGUUCAUGUGGCUCAGUGUCGCUGAUUGAUGAUAAUGAUUUGCCUGGCUGUGUCGCGCCUUUCUCAAACUCAUUGCAUUAUGCUUUAUGGGGGUAACUCACCCUUUUCACUACUCCCAAUGUGUAGCCCUUACCUGGGGGAUCAGCCAUAUUUCACCAGAACACUGAGAUGGUAGGGGGUAUUUGGCUGACUAUUACAGUGGACAAACAAGAUGAUGUAGGAAGCAUCAAUUCAAAGGUCCAAGAGCUCCAGACAUUGACACUCCACUAGAUACAUCAAGAUGUUGGGCAGAGUUUUUAGUUUGCAAGCAGUUUCAGAUUUGUUUUCUGGACAUUAAAGGGAUAGUUCACAACAAAGUACAAAUUAAUCUAAUUUCCCACUUACAGUGGCUGUAGGUGUAGAUGAUUCAUCAAAACGUCAAGAUGUGAUUAUAGCGCAAUAAAGUGACUUAAAUGUAAGGUAGACGUCUAUCAUGUCAGUUACUAUUUUGAGUGAAUUAUCUCUGUUUUGUACUAUAUCUAAAGUCUUGACACUAUUUUACUGAAUGUAUGAUGACAAUUGUUUUCUGAUGAAGGUGAGCAGAUUGGGUCUCUGCAGUACAUACAAGAAACAAAUACUCUUUAUACAGCCUAUGUACUGAAUCUAUAACCUACUUUAACUGAUAGUGUUGUCUUGGUGUGUGAUAAAUAGUGUUAUAACUGAUUAAUUACAUUGUAUUUAUUCUAAAUGAUUAGGCAACUGUUAUUAUAAGAAUGUGUCAAUGACUUGAUAUCUACUAAGUCAUAACAUUAACUAAUAAAUAUGAACAACAAUGUUAAGGCUGUUUAACCAAACCUUGCACAAUGCAAUAAAUUAUUAA